AUGAGGGAAAAUCUAGUAUUUUUCCUGAUCGUCUUCAUCUCAAUCCACAGAAUAGACUCUAUCCUACUCUUUAGGCAUUUUAACAUUGAUAUUCAAAAUAAACUUGCAGCUAACCAAACACUAAUGGUCUAUUGUAGAGACAAAAAUACAUUAUCCGAAGUUGGAUUUCUUCGCUUCAAGACCGUACUGGAAGUUAAAUUCAUAAUCUACCCAAAAACUUUGAUAUGGUGCAACUUAUGGAAGGGACCUGAUUAUGUGCAUCAUAUACGAUUUACUGCAUUUAUUGGGACUGAGGAUUUCAUACAUGACUUAUGUGGGGGUAUGAAGCCUAAUGUGUGUUUCUGGCAAGUGCAAGAUGACGGAGUAUGGUUACGUCAUAAUCCAAGCGGUACCCUUACGCUUAUGCAUGAAUGGGGUGAUAAAGUUUGACCUAUGAAUUUAUUUUUUAUUUUCUAAUAUGUUGUCAUUAUUUAUCGAGAUUUCUUAUUACAUUAACUAUAAUAAACGUAAAAUAUAUUAAGGAAAAUUUAUGUUUAGAUUAAAGAUAAAAGUGAGUUUUUUUA